AAAAAAAAAGUGUUUAUACCAACAUAAGAGCUAUAAAUUCAUGCAGAGUCACAAAAGGGAAAUAAUUUAUUGUUACUUCUCUCUCUCUUUCUCUCUCUAUAUAUAUUAAUUCUAUAAAUUUUGUUUUCAUAUUCUGCUAUGAGGUAAAUGAUGGAAACAUUGGUGACGUUCCUCCUCACUGGAUCUCUGAUACAAGGUGUUUUUUGUGGGUUCAUUCUCAAUCUGCCGCAGACAGUAGAAGCUGUAAAAGGAUCCUGCGUUUUCAUACCCUGCACAUUUGAUAUUGAUCAACAAUAUGAACGUUUCCUCACUGACAGAGCAAAGAGAAUAUGGUUUAAAGAAGGAAACCCUGCAAUUAAAGUGUUUGACUCCAGCAGCCCCAACACUGGACCAUUUAAAGGAGAAAUAUUCGGCACUGCUACACAGAAAAACUGCAGUACACGCUUCGAUGACGUCAAUCAGAGUCAUGAUGGGUCAUAUUACUUCAGACUUGAAGAUGAUGGAGUGAAGUUUAGCUUCAAACCAAAUCCACCCUUCCAAGUUGCCGUCUUAGGAUCUCCACCCAAACCCACAGUGAGAGUCUUUAAGGAUCAGCAGGAGGUGAUGGAGACGGUGGAGGUGAUGGAGGGAAGUUCAGUGAGUCUGCGCUGCUCUACUAAGAUCUUCUGUCCGUCUCGUCCACCGUCUCUCACAUGGAGCUCGUCUCUCAAUGAGAACGUCACAGGACGGCAGUAUCAGAACCAAACUGAGCUCAUCUCUGAUCUGAACUUCACUGUUUCUCACCGUCAUCACGGAGUCACUUUCAACUGCUCUUCAACACACCAGCUACAGAAGAAGAUCACAACACAAGAGUCCCAAAUGAUACAAGUUCAGUAUGCUCCUAAAAACACAUCAGUGAGGAUAAACCCAGCUGGUUUAGUUCUGGAGGGUCGUUCAGUGACUCUGAGCUGCAGCAGUGAUGCAAACCCAGCAGUGAACUACACCUGGUACAGAGACACUGAAGAACUCCUGAAUCCAGUUCAGACCGGAGCAAACCUGACCAUCAACAACACUGACCCGGCACACAGAGGACGAUACUACUGUAGAGCUGAGAACAAACACGGCACUCAGAACACAUCAGUGCUGCUGGACGUCCAGUAUGCCCCAAAAAACACAUCGCUGUCAGUGUUUCCCUCCAGCUCAGUGAUGGAGGGCAAACCAGUGGCUCUGAACUGCAGGACUGAUGCAAACCCAGCAGUAAACUACACCUGGUACAGAGAGACUGGAUCUCAAAUUGAGUUUCUCCAGACUGGUUAUAAUCACACCUACAUCGUGACAAACCCUACACACGGCGCAUGGUAUAGCUGUAAUGCUCAAAACCAGCAUGGCCAACGCAACGCUACAAUUCAACUUGAUGUUCAGUCUGCACCCAAAAUCUCCAGCUCUUGUAGCCGAAACAGUGUAAUCGCGUGUGUCUGUGAGGCUCAUGGGAAUCCCUGCCCUACACUAGAGUGGCGUCUGUCUGGACAUGUGCUCGCUAACUCUACAGAAACCUCCAUCAGAGAGGAGACGCUAGGAAGCACAGGAGUGAAGAGCGUCCUGACCACCCGUCAGUCCCUCACAGACACGGACGUCCUGCAGUGUUUCAGCUCAAACACUUACGGCAGAGCGAGUCAACAGUUUCAGACCUUCCCAUCAACACAAGAGACAAGUUUCCAUCAUCCAUCAGUGCUGCUCGGAGCUGCUGUCGGCGCGUCAGUGAUGAUGAUCGUGUGCAUCGUGAUGCUCUGCUGUGAACGAAAAAGGAAAGAAAAACCUUCAGAAACCAGACAAGACGACACAUCUGGACUCAUUCUGACUCAAACAGCCGUUGCUCUGGAUGAUGACGGCCAGUUUGUUUACGGCAAUAAAGGCAUGCUGUCAUCCACCGCACCGAGUUCACCAGAAUCUCUUCAUUAUUCCUCCAUCGACUUCACAAACACUGAACCGCCGUCAGGAGAGAUCACGGGCAUCGCCUCGCUGACCAGUGAAUACGCUACGGUCCGACACCGUCCUGCAGGAGCCACAGACACAGAGAACAACACCUCAACAUCUGAGACAGAGCCUAAAAAACAAGACGUGACAGCAGAGAUCACAGACACCUCAUCACCGGCAUCAGAAGACGUGAUUUAUGAAAACACGAGCCAUCGCUACAGACAGAAGGAACCGCUGAUCAGUGCAGAUGAUGCUGAAAAGCAAGACUGAACCAAAACCUUCAAAUCUGUGAGCUCCACAGUGAUUUUUAGAGCGAUUUAAAGGAUCAUUCAUCCAAAAAUUAAAAUUACAAACCUAUAGAACCUUCUUCAUAGGGCAGUUCCUUCAUCACAGAAUCAGAAACGCCACUAUUUUGGCUCAUUUCGGGUUGGAGUGACUGCCAGACGUCUGAAAGUAAGUUUUGAUUGAGUAACUUGUAGAUCUGUGCUGCUCGAGCCACAAACUGUUUCAGACUCUUCAGUCCAAUUUGGUGAACUGGUUCAACUAGUUCACUAAAUAAAACCGCAUCAAAAGAAUGAUUUGUUCGUGAACCAGACAUCAUUCCAGACUGUCUGAGGCAUUACAGGUAAUAAAGUUGUAAAUAAUGUUCA